AUGCCGCCGAAUCUACCUGUGCCCUCCAAGGCUGCCCUGACGGCGCUCCAAGGGCUUGUUGUGGGCACGACCUGCACCAUUGCGAUUAUUGCCGAGGAUCGGAGGCGGAGGAUAAACAGCGCGCUGAGGAUUGUGGAGAACGGGGAGAGGCUCAAGAGCUGUCGGCAGUACAGGCCGGGAGGGGGGAGGACGAGGUUGAGGGUGUUGCAGGAGCGGGCUGUGCAGGUUGAUGAGGAGCCGGUUGUGCUUUCGCCUGCGGAUGGGGGGGGGAGGUGUGGAGGGGCUUGUUUGGAGAAGCAGGAGAAGAGAGAUGCUGGGGUAGAGGGUGAGGUGGGAGGGGGAAGGGUGGCUGAACCGCCGGAAUUGGACCCUUUUGCCGAGUUUAAUGCUGCUGCGUGGCGGGAUGGGCGGGAGAAGGGAGUGAAGAGGUCGGUGGCGGUUCCGGAAUGGUAUAGGGAGCAUCAGGCUUCUGUGAAGGCGAGGUCUUUUCGGGAUAUCUCCUCCAUUCAGAGGAAGGCUACCACCGGCGCAGGUGUUCCUGAUGUGCCCACCAACACAGUAUCGACGACACAGCUUGAAGGAAAGACGGCUGGACAGAAUACCGACCCAACCGCUUCCCUCUCGUGGCUCAACACCGUCCAGUCCCUUCAAUUCCCUUCGACAAUAAAGAUCCUAAGGUUAAUCCAGGAGGCCUGCAUCUCCAAAAACGCAACCCGGCUCGGCCACGUCGUUCAAUUCGUCCUAGAAAACUCCGAAAGCGCCAUCACAGGACAACCAGGCUGGUUAUCCGGCACCGCCCUCCUCUGCAGAACCUGCCAAGAAGCAGGCAUGCUCGAAGAAGCAGGCAACGUCCUCGCACGAGUCCUGCGAAGCGGAAAAAUCAACGAAAUCGAUUACUACGCCUUUGAACCAUCCUCCCUCAUCCGCUCCCUCCUGGCCCACGCCGAAACCCUCAAAUCCAACCAAGACGCCCGCCUGCGCAUCCUCGACCUCGCCGCGGUGGUCUACCGUCCCAAAAUUGCGGACCGAACCCCCGUGGUUGACCCCAGCCUCCACGAAACCGGCCGGAGGCUGCUUGAAGCGAGAUUCGCGGCUGGCCACCUCAUCAACGGCCGAGAAAUUUAUCGGCGGUGCCAUGGUUAUGCCCUCCGUAUGGGGGACGCAACUCCCGAGUUCACGCAUUGGUAUUUGACCAAACUGGCCGAGCAACACAGCUACAAGAUGGCGAUCCAGAUAUUCCGGUUCAAUUACGCAAACUGCAUGCCGGACUCGGUGUCGCUGUAUGACAUCGCCAGGCUGGCGGUCGAUUGCGUUGAAAAGGCGCACAACCACCGGGCAGAUGAUGUGCUGCACACGCUGAGAAAACUGUACAGGGGUAUCGACUUUAAGAUGCCGUCCGAGCUGGCUACGAGGUUGCUGGUGGCGCACUGGAGGAGGAAUAAGGAUUUUGGCGGGACUCAGAGGCUAUUUGAUACCCUUGGGGAGGAGGCGGGCAUCGAGAAGGAGGUGCUCUACCCUGACGCGCUGUACCGGGUCAUGGUGGAGAUUUCUCUCGAGGCUGGGGAGGAGGCGUUGGCGGAGUGGUAUUUUGAAAAGUCGGCGGCGGAUGGGUUUGUGGUUUUUGAGGAUGUGAGGAUGCUGGGGGUUUUUGCGAGGCAUUAUGCUGCCGGGGGGGACUGGGAGGCGGUGAGGGCGAUUUUUGAGAGGAUGAAGGUUGAGGAGGACGAUCCGGAGGGGAUGAAGAAUUACAGUCAGGCUUUUGUGCCGGUGCUGAAGGCGUAUGCGGAUGGGCACACGGUGGAGGAGACGGAUGGGUUUUUGAGGGGGUAUGUGGAGGGGUUGGGGGUGCCGCUGAACAAUUACAUCUUCAGCGUGAUGGGGGCGAAGUAUGCGAAGGGGAGGGAUGUGGGCAGGAUGGUGGAGUGGUUGGAGUACUGUGCUGGGUUGGGGUUUGAGGUGGACGCGGCGUUUAGCAAUGUUAUUUUGACGGUUCUGAGGAGGGAGUGGAAGAUGCCGUUUAGGGAUUUGAGGACGCUUUAUCGGAAGCUGAGGUUGCUGAGUCCGAAGUUUGCGGAUAGGUACACCGAGACGGUGAUGGUGAGGGCGGCGUUGGGGGAUGGGAGCGGGGGGAGGGCGACGAGGGGGAGGUUGUUGUCUCUACGUGUUGAGCGCAAUAUUUUGCCGCACAAGGGCAAGUGUGCGGAUGCGAGGGAGCUUGCGCUGGUUAUGAAGGAGCAUCUGACGUACGGCCACCCGAGGGUGGCAUUGAGGAUGUACAGGGUGUCUCGACACGAGGGGAUGGAUGUCUCCCAUGGGACACUGCGGCUGGCGGUUCAGGCGCAGCUGCAGGCUGAGCCGGAUAGCUAUCAAGACGCGUACGAACUCGUGCGGGAUGCACAAGACAAUGGGCUUGAGACGGAGGGAAUCAUCAAUUAUAUCGUUGGCUGGAAGAUUCGCAACCUCUUCACAGACAUGAAGAGGGAAAGGAAGGCGUGGCACCCAAGUCGCAUGCUGAUGGUUGUUCAGGAUAGCCUCAGAGGCAUAGAAGAGCUAGGGAUCAACCCCACAGACACGGCACUGCACCAAGCAGCGAGGAUAUGCCUCACGAUGCGGUUCUACUCUGGAGCGAUAGUCUACGCUGCUCAUGCCGCCAAGGCCAAAGGUGAAUCACCGUGCUAUAACCUCGCCAACUUUGGCAUCAUCCUCAGUGCGGCAACCAAACUCCUCGACGUGGCGAGGCUGAAGCUAGCGAUUGGGCGGGCACUGAGCAGCAGUUACAAAGAGGACACUGCCUGCCUCAACAUGCUCAAGACGGCGUUUACCUACGUCAAGAGGUUCGAGCCGAACCCAGAGUCUACGACAGCAAAGUCGAAACAAGAGCAGGCCUAUGAGGUUCUGGAGAAGGCGAUCAAAGCCAUUGUCGAAGCAAGGGAGAUACUGAGGGUGGACGCUGCACGACUGGGAACGGAUGCGCUGAGGGUUAUGAAGGAGAGCGCGCUUGCUGCUGGGUAUCCGCCGGUGGACUUUGACGAGAUCCCUUGGUUGAAUAGUACCUAUGGGAAGGGGGGGAGGAUAGAGAGCGGGGAUGGUUCGCAUUUGGUGUUGACCCAAGCCGUAAGGGUUGGGAAAGGGGGGAGGGCCGUUGUACAAUACAUAUAUACCAAGCAUAUUGCAUUAUCGGGAGGUUUUUGGGAACUGGGGGAUUCGAAAAAGGGAAACAAAUGUAACAUGAAAAGUUUGACGAAUAUGAUCAUAUUUGAAUAA